AACUCUGGGGACGGGGGCUCUAUUUCCUCUCAUCCUUUUCUUUCCUCAUAUCCUUCUCUUCUUAUAUCACUACCACCCUGACCUCUAGAAGAUUCACAAACUCAUCGUCUUUUACCGAUUGUGGAUCUCUUUCCUUUCAUCCUUCACUCGCCUUCUAGGCCCGGGAAAAACACAAACUUGUGGGUUUGUAAGAGAUUUUAAGGGAGCGAAGAUAAGCAAAUAUGGGCUCUAUACUCGACAACGUUGUCACUGGCCUCAUAGAGUCCUUGGCCGGUCUACUCAGAGACGAAGCAAAGUUCCUUGCUGGAGUGGAGGAUACAGUCAAUUCACUUAGUGGGGACCUCGAUUUUAUAAAUAGCUUCCUGAAGAAGUCAGAAGGAAAACGGAACGAUGAAAUAGUGAGGGUGGUAGUCCGGCAAAUCAAGAAAGUGGCUAACGAGGCUGAGGAUAUUAUCGACGAUUUCAUCGUCAAGGUCGCGGAAUACAGGAGGAAGUGCGUGAUAAGGAGGAUACUUCAUGCCCCUGCUCACGCAAUGAUGCUUCGAAACGUUGGAAGUAAGAUUGUGGACAUCAAAAAAAGAAUCGAAGAAAUCUACAACAACAAUAAGGAAAUGUACGGCAUUGAACGAGAUGAAGCUACUGUAAAUGCAUUCGAGGAAGAGGCCAUGCAGAGACUUAGGAGAGAAGUCGAGGAAGAUGACGUGGUGGGUUUCGAUCAUGACUCAACGACAUUGGUGGACCAACUUACUAAAGGGGAUCCUAAACUCGAUGUCAUUUCAAUCAUCGGAAUGGGCGGGUUGGGCAAAACCACUCUUGCCAGAAAAAUAUACAAUAAACUUAGUGUCAAGGGGCACUUUGACUCCUAUGUAUGGGUGACUGUAUCUCAAGAUUUCAGAAUUAUGGAGCUGUUGCUUGAAAUUGUAAAGGAGUUGAGAAUUAAACUUGAAAAGAACUCAGACAAGAGUGUCGAUGGGUUAAAGAAGACGUUGCUCGAACAUUUGAAAGAAAAGAGAUACCUAAUAGUGAUGGACGACAUCUGGAGAACUGAAGUAUGGGAUAAGGUAAAAUCUAUUUUUCCUAAUUGCUUUAAUGGAAGCAGAAUAUUGAUCACUAGCCGAAAUAGAGAAGUGGCUUUACUUGCAAGCGAUCUUCGUCCCUACCCUCUCCCACUUCUUAAUCAAGAUGACAGCUGGGAACUCUUGAAGAAAAAGGUGUUUCGAAAUGGAGUUUGUCCUCCUGAAUUAGUAAUUCCAGGGAGACAAAUCGCAGAAGGUUGUAAGGGAUUACCCCUUUCAAUUGUGGUACUCGCGGGCCUUUUAGCAAAGAGGGAGAAGUCAUUCCACAUAUGGUCGAAAUAUGUUGAUCAUGUAACUAGUUUGGAUACUGAUAUGUGCCAGAAAGUAUUAUCCUUAAGCUACACGGAUCUGCCCCGACGCUUGAAACAAUGCUUUUUGUAUUUUGGUGUGUACCCAGAAGACUUCGAGAUCCCUGUAAAGUUCUUGAUGCACUUAUGGGUAGCGGAGGGUUUUAUAGAACACAAUGACCAUAGAUAUCCGGAGGAUGUUGCUGAAAUCUACUUGGAGGAGCUCAUUGAUCGAAGCUUGAUCCAAGUGGCUAGGAGGAGGUCAGAUGGAGGAGUAAGGACAUGCCGUAUCCAUGAUCUUUUGCGAGAAUUUUGCAUUAAGGAGAGUGCAGAAGAGAUGUUUUUUGCAGUUCAUUCAUAUAACCGUUCGUUACCGAACAAUUGCCGCAGGCUAUCCAUCCAAGUUAACAAUGCUAAGCAAUACAUUACUGACAACCCCUCUAUCCCUACAAGCGCCCGUUCUUUGUUCUUCUUUGUGGAUGAUGGUACUGUUAGCUUGAAGUGGGUCCAAAAGAAAUUCAAAUUUCUUCGUGUGCUUAAUGUUCAGAAAGUAGCAACUAGAGAAUUAGGAGGAAGCAUAGCAAAAUUUAUCCAUUUGAGGUACUUGACGAUACGAUUCUCUUCUGAUACAACUGUUUUUCCAGAUUCUAUUUUCAAGCUUACGAAUCUAGAGACUCUUUACGUAGAGGGCAAUACAAGCGUGCAAUGUUUGCCAAAAGGGAUAUUUAAACUGAAAUGUUUAAGAAAUCUGUAUCUGCCUGGUUGGGGAGACGGAUUUUAUUCGGGAUGUUUAUUUGAACCUUGUGAUUCGGAGGAAGCUCUGGGGAAACUCCAAGUACUUUCUGGCGCAACAAUUUACUAUGAUCCUCAAAACCGUAUUUUCCCUGCCAUACUGGAAAAGUUUCCUAAUGUUAGGAAAUUGAAAACACGAAUUGUGGACAAGAAGCAUCGUGGUGAUGGCAAAGAAGUACUUUAUAUUCCAAGCCUCCACCAUUUAGCUCAUCUUGAAAUAUUGCACAUUACGAGUGAUGGUGAUGAUAAUGAUCGGACGCGAAUGAGUACAAGCAGAUUCACCUGUUCUCGGAAUUCAUUUCCAGCGAGAAUCACCAAACUAACCUUAACGGGUGUUGUCUUAAAAGUCGAAUGCGUGACAGUGCUGGGACAGCUUCCCAGUCUUCGGAUACUGAAACUAGAAGAAGCAAAUCCUAGAUUAUCUGAUGAAAGUAUUCACCCUACCCGAACUAUUGAGAUUGACCAGUUUGCGAUCUAUGGAGGUGAUAGAAUGUGGAAGUUUGGCUAG